AUGAAAUCUCGUAUUUUUGAAUCGAAAUGGACUAAAUUAUUUAUACUGACAUCAACAAUACAAGCAAUUGUCAUAAUUGCUUUGGAAAUUAGAGUAUUUUUUCGUAAUUCUAAUGCUGGUGAUAAAGUAGUAGAAUACAUGGUCAAUAAUACCGGAUUACCACCUGAAGUUUGUACUUUGUUGCCAUCAGCAAUCAGAAUAAACAAUAUUCAAGAAGAGAAUGUAGUUUUUAUGUCACAAAUCCUUGAAGUUCGGAAAUGGUACGAAGAUUUGAAGGUAGCGUGUCCAGGAAUAUUAAGAAUAUUUGAAUUAAGUUCCAAGAAUAGAAAUUAUGAUUUACCAUUGCUUGGUAGUGAGUUGGCGUUUGCCUCUCUUAUGGCUUAUUUAUCUUUUAAAUUGUACCAAGAAUUUGGUUGGAAUAUUUACAAAAGAAUCGGUGCUGAUAUACAAAUUCAAGGAUCAGCAAUAGAAGCUUGUGUUGUUUAUGGUUUUAAUCUUAGUAGCAAUAGUAAUGGUUAUGGAAACAUUACAAGUUAUAGGUAUUUUCCAAGAAGUUUAUUAUUGAUACAUAUGGGAGUCACUAUUCUUAUUUUCUUUAAUCAAUUAUUAGCUUAUUAUUCUGUUUAUAAAGAAUGUAAAUCAGGAAUGAUAAUUGUUAAUCUUGGUUGGUUGAUUACUGUUUUGGAUCUUAUACUUAUUUUAAAAUAUUCUAUUGGAACUGUUAGUAGUAGUUGGUAUUUUUUUAUUGGUUUUGGUGACUUUAAUAUGUUCAAUAAUGAUUAUAAGAAAUUUUGA